AUGUCUUCCAAAGACCUCGAGCUUCUCAAAAAGUUCUUCGCUCAGAAUUAUGGCGUAAAAUUUAUCCGCCUGCACUGGGUCGAUUACUCCGGGGUUCUGCGCACUCGAAUCAUCCCCAGAGCACGAUCCAUCCGUCUGGCCGCAGGUAGCGACACAUACCACCUCGCCCAGAACUGCAUGAUAUGCCCCAUUUCCACCUCUCCGCGAUGCUUCCCCUUAGAAGUGGAAGACUGGACGCUCUAUCCAGACUGGACAUCGCUGAUGCUCUGCGAUUUCGCGCCCACCCACGCCUCAGUGAUGUGCGCCACCGGGCACAAUGGUACCACCACCAGGAACCCAAACCCAGAGCACCUCGCCCGAUGUCCCAGGACCCUCCUCCAGACGGUCUUACACAAUUUCUACGCCGACUACCCCCGGUUCCAAGACGGUCUACUGCUCGGGUUCGAAAUCGAGUUCGUCUUGUUGGACGAGUCGUCGAAUCUUGCGAGUUCCCUGGACCGCAUGGUCGGGUACUCCCUAACGGCGGGGAUACGCGCAGAGAAUCUGGCCAUCCUCGAAGAGAUCGUGACUGCGCUGGAGUUCGCCGGGGUAGAGAUCUAUCAUCUCCACACGGAGACGACGGAUCAGUUGGAGAUUGCCCUGUCGCCGAUGGCACCAGUGCGGGCGGUUGACGCGCUGAUGAUGGCGCAGGAGACUAUUCGUACGAUCUGUAUCCGGCAUGGAAGACGGGCGUGUAUGGCUCCCCGUCCGACGCUUCUGAGCUCCGGACCGCUGAAUGGGUGUCACGUUCAUCUGUCGUUGAAUCCGGCUUCUAGCCCGAAUUCGCUGAUGAAUGUGACGGAAGAGGGGCAGAUCAUGGAGGACCAGGAAGAACAGGCGAACAGUGCGGACUAUGCAUCCUUUCUCUCGGGGAUCCUGCGCAAGACCAAGGCACUCUGCGCCUUUGGUCUCGCCAACUACGACAGCUACUGUCGGGUCCUGGGGGAUUGCGCAGGGGAAUGGAUCGGCUGGGGAACCCACAACCGCGAGUUCCCUGUGCGCGGAAUGCGGCCGAACAGGUGGGAGAUUCGCUGCUUGGAUACCACGGCAAACGUGUACCUAUUUGUGGCUGCGCUGGUCGCGUCCGGCAUGGAUGGCAUGAAACAGACAACCCCUCUGACGAUCACCGACUGCCCGCUUGCGCCGCAGCUGUAUAGCCCCGAGGAGGCUGAGCGACGGCUCCGUGAAUACGGUAUCACGGAGCGGAUGCCCAAGUCUCUCGAGGUGGCCCUGAAAUGUGUGCAGGAGGAUGAGGAGCUACGUGGAUGGGUCGGUGAAGAGCUCUUCGCGCAGUAUCGCCGCGUGAAGGAUAUUGAGAUCCAGCAUUUCUCGGGCAUGAGCGAUGAAGCGCGCAGGCAGAAGUUUCUGGAUUACUUCUAG